GCCGGGCUCCUCCUCCCCGCCAGGCCCGGCCGCCGCGGCCUUUCCUGGCAGCUCUUAAGGUCCCAGGAAGAGGAGCCCGGAAGAGGAGGAAGAAGUGCCGAAGGCCGGGCGGCUCCCAGGGUGCAGCGGCGCCGCCGCCCACAUGGAACCCAACGUGCGCUUCUGGAUCACCGAACGCCAAUCUUUUAUUCAAAGAUUUCUUCAGUGGACAGAAUUGCUGGAUCCUACAAAUUUGGUCCUUUCAAUUGAAAAAAUAGAAAAAUCGAGGCAACUGUUGUUAACAAAUGAAGAUGCAUCCAGAGGUGACCUGGAGGACAAAAGGAUACAAGAAGCUUGGAAGAGAAGUCUUUCCACAGUGCAUCCUGACAGUAGCAGACUAAUCCCUGGUCCUUUUCGACCUGCAGCUCUCCUGCCUUUCACGGCGCCCACGCUAUUUCUGUCAAUGCUCCCAGUGAAAAAUCUGAAGUCCAUGAUUUUACCUCAGGCUUCCUUCUACACCUACAGCACAGUCUUCAACAUCGUCAAUGGAAAUGCAAGCUAUGAUCGUCGUGCAUAUGAGAGCUUAUUACUAGGAGCAGGAGUGAUUGUGUCUUCAACUUUUUUGGGCUUAUUCCCUCGUUUGCUCCAAGUAAGGCUUUCAAUGAGUAGCAUUCUGAGCAGAAACGUCAUUCCUGUCUUCAUCCUCGCCCAGCUCAGUGGGAUGAACGUGAUCGCCUCCCGAAGUUUGGAGCCCGUGCGCGGGAUCGAGGUCAUGGACAGGGAAGGCAAUGUCAUAGGUUAUUCCAGAAAAGCUGGGACAAAGGCUGUUAAAGAUACAGCAACAUCCAGAGUUGCGCUGUUUGGGACCUCUGCAUUUAUCCCUGAAGUCUUCGCAUACUUUUUUAAAAGGACCCAGUUUUUCCUGCAGAAUCCAUGGUCACUGUGGACCCUGAAGCUUUCUUGUACUAUCCUCGUCAUGGGAUUGAUGGUGCCAGUUUCCUUUAGUGUCUUCCCACAGAUUGGACGGAUACAGUGCAGUGAGCUUGAAAAGGAAAUUCAGUCAGCAACCGAAGAAACAGAACUCUUCUAUAACAGAGGGGUGUAGGUGUGUGUUUUAGCUGCAUUUGGUUGGUUCCUGCGUGAAAACCUUCCUCUAAGGUUUCAGUUUUAAGAACCCUGCCAGAAGUGUCCUGGAAACCCCAGAGGUGUCUGUGCCGACAGGAUGGCUUACGAUGACACCUGCCGAGACUGGUCCUGCCUUGGGUUAAACAGGCUUGGAUGGAAGAAGAGAAACGGGGGCUUUCCUGUCUGACCCACCACGUGCAGUUGCUAAAGGGAUGUGUGCGUGAUGUAAGAUUCAGUUUUCUAUUUGUUUGUCAGCCUGUGAAAGGAUACUGUGAAAUUACCAAUAAACUUGUCUAGAGUUGAGUAUUUGAAAACGAA